AUGAUAUAUACUUUUGAUAUGUUGGGUUCUUCUAGAAACGGAACUUUACUUAAAUUAGAUGCAGCAAUCGGAUACAAAGCGGCAAUUCUAUCAUUUUUAUUUCUGGAUCCUACUCGCACAAAUGUAUUUUACUAUGAUUCCAAAGGAAAGAAUACAUUGAUCACUUGCGAGAAUGUUCAUAAAUCAGUCUUGGUGGAGGAAAACGAUUUCGUGACUGUGUUCUUCGCAGAGUUAAAAGAUAUACUAUUGAGUGAAACAUCUAUAAAAAUCAUUUAUUUUUUCAUUCUCGACGAGUACAAGUACUGUAGUGAAGACUUUUACACGCCAGAAACUGAAGAAGAAAGUGUUAUUGUAUCAAUGAACUUAAAUGAAAUGUACCAGUGUCUUGUGAACUUUCUGCGGGAUCACGAAAAAAAUCUGCAACUCUCUGACUGAGAUUCAUCCCGUUGUGAACGAAACUUCUCAAGUGUUAUUGGUUUUACCAUUUGUCGAUCCAACUGCAUUAAGAAGCAUUAUGAUAUCAUUUUUCGAAACUCGGAAAAAUGAAUUAGUGAUUGAUUUUCAAGAAAUAAUUCAACUUGAAACUUGGAAAAAUGCAACCUCUGUGCAAAUCUUUGACUGCUGGAUUUCUACGUCUACACCACUUAAACAAGUUUUCGAAGGUCAAUGUGAAAAUGCAUCUAAUAUCCGUUGAUGACCUGCGUGAUUUGAUAGAUGCUUGUACUAAUAAUCAUGACUUCAAAGAGUUCUAUCUUCACUACAAAAAAAACCUGAAAAUAUUUAGCGAUGAAGAACGCGAUGAAUUAUUAGGUUUAGAGAAUCCCAUGGGAAAAAGGUUUCUCGAAACUUCAAAUGGAAUAUUUGAGAUUAUUUUCUCACAGAAAACACAGUCUCUGUACAUAAAGCGUUUGCCAUCAUCAGUCGAAGAGUUUGAAAUUAUUCAAGGAACAUGUGAAAUUGUGCAAGAAGAACACAAAUGUCGAUUGUCAAAUUCAAACUUACCACUCCAAGUUUUUCACAACCAUUUGCUAAUGGACCAGGUUUUGAAAAAUGUUGGUUUGGCCAGCAUACAAUCCCUUCGGAAAGUUUCAUUUGGAAUCCGUCACGCUAUUGAUAUUGCAAAACCCGAUUCAAAAAUCGAGACGAUGAAGAUCAAUCUCAUAGUCUUUGAAACUGUUGAUGUUAAAUUGUUUGCGAGAGAAGAAUAUAGCGGUAAAACUAUAAUAUACAGACCAAUUGAAUAUCAAGAAAAUUAUAUGCUUGAUGAUGUAACUGAGACAUUGAACGGGACUUAUAAAAGUGCAAAAAAACAUGGAAAAUGCUUUGUUAACAGUGAAUAUAAUACAAUGGAUGGGAACAGUCUGAACCUUUUCGCAACUGACAUGAAAAUUAAUUUGGGAUCUCAAAAGUCAGUGAUUGAAGAACUUAGUGUGGAUGUAUCUCACAGCGAGUACGUUCGGGAUCGAGAGUUUCGGAAUACAAAAAUAUUUCUUGGAUUGUUCGAGGAAUCAUUAAAAUCUUUGGGUCGCUUACUUUCUGUGAAAGAAUUUAGUAUGCAAACAGGAGAGCAAGAAGAGAUUUUGCAAAUUUUGUAUCUCGAUCCUUCUGUCAUUGAAGUCAUUGAGAUUCGAAGACCAUCAAGUCUUUUCAACUUCACCGGACUGAAAAUUGAUGAAGCUUCACUGCUUAACCAAUGGAAAAAUGCAAAGGAAAUAAUAAUUGAGCUAACAAUUUCUGCCUAUUGAAUUGACUUUUUAAGUCAUUUUUCAAUUAUCGAUGUUAUUUUGUCCAAUAUAGUAUUGCAAGAUGUUGUUCUUCUGAAAAAUGUAAGUAUUAGUUAUUUCUCCAGCACUAAAUUCGUGAAUUUUCAGAAAUUUUUGGGCUCCAGUUCCUUUAACAAGUGGAAAAUUGUUUUUGAAAACAGUGACAUUGGAGAAAACAUUUUUGCGAAAAACGGAUUAGGAUUGCCACACCAACGACCAAUUGAUACUUUUACAAAUCGACCGAGUAUUUGAUUUUUUCAAUUUACAAAUUCCAGUCAUGUCCUUCAUGUUUUGUACUAUUCAGUUAAAAGAAUGGUUUUAUUUUCUCGAAUUGAUAGAUCAAAAGUGCCGCAGAAUGCUAUAAUCAGAAAUUAA